CGAGGGAAAGGAGAGGAAAGAGUGCCUUCUUCAUCAUCAACAUCAGCAGCAGCAGCAGCAGCAUGGAGCUCCGGGAGCGCUGCGCUCUCUGACCGUGCGUCUUCACACCCUUUCAGCUGAGACCACUGCCCAAACGCACACAUGCAGGUUAUGCCACCCCACAGGCUGACUGCAAACCCAACGGUCAAAGAGAAGGGCUGAUCUCAGACCCCCCCGCACUUCUGCUGCUGUGCCCUUCCCUGUCCCCAUGGCGACAGGAGGCUAUGCCCCUGAGAAAGAUGUUUUGAUCAACCUGCAUCAGGUUCUGGCUGAGUUGGAGGAGGAGGAGGAGGAGGGUUCCACAGAAGGCCUGGAGGAUGAAGACUGGGACAGGGCUUUAUCUGUGGAGCGUUUUGGGGACAUCAUCACAGAGUCUGGCACGAAUGGUGCAGACAAAAUGGGUCGCAGCUACAGUGAAAAGGACUUUGAAUACCACCGGCACACGUUCCACCAUACGCACCACCCGCUGUCAUCUCACCUGCCCCCGCAGCGGUUCAGGAAGAGGGUGCUCAGCAUGGAGCGUCGACGCAAGAAGAAACGCAGGAAAAAGAAGACGUCUAUGCCACCCUCUGACGUCACCCCCACCAUCCAUGAGGUCGAUGAAGAGGAGGUGGAAUCUGAGGCAGAUAUUCAGGGUCAAGACUCUACGCCCACUGAGCCCCCUGAACAACAGAUGCAGUUUAGUUUGGGAUGUGAACGAGUGAUGAUGCCGCCUAUUCCUCUUCCCACAUUCCACGUGGAGAAUGAAAGACCCCCGAGCCCAGAGCUGGCCAUACCCAGGUCUCCACAUGUACAUGCUGAGAGGGUACAAGAUAAACGAGAAGAGGAAGAAGAGGAGGAGGAUGAGGAUGUAUUUAAUAGGUUAAGUCCAUCUCUAGAAAUGAUCAGUGUCCCCACACGAGCCUGGUUUUGCCGGAAACCUGUUCACCGGCUAAGCGGGACCCAACGCACCAACUAUGACCUGAGAGAACGUAUCUGCAUCGGCAGCAUGACAGCCAUGGAGACAGCCGUUUAUCAGAAAGUGCCUACGGAUGAAGCCGAGGCUCAGAUGCUUGCCACUGUUGACCUGGAUGACAUGAAGAGUCACCGGUUUGAAGACAAUCCCGGAGUAAGACGACACCUGGUCAAGAAGUCAUCGCGUUGUCAGGUUACACGGGCAAACAAUGGCUCUCCUUCUCUGUCUAGCCUGAAAAAGAGGAAGAAAAUGGAUAAAAAGACCCAUGAGGUCUUUGUAGAGCUAAAUGAGCUGAUUGUGGACAAGAACCAGGAGAUGCGCUGGAAAGAGAUGGCUCGCUGGAUCAAGUUCGAAGAGGAUGUUGAGGAAGAUACGGAUCGAUGGGGCAAACCACACGUGGCCUCACUGUCCUUCCGGAGCCUGCUUGAGCUGCGCAGGACAAUCACACAUGGUGCCAUAAUGUUAGACUUGGAACAGACCACGCUUCCUGGAAUUGCGCACUUGCUGGUGGAGACCAUGAUCAUCUCAGAUCAGAUCAGACCUGAGGACCGUGCCAAUGUGCUUCGUGCAUUGCUGCUGAAACACAGUCACCCGAAUGAUGAGAAGGACGGCCGAUUUCACCGAAAACAUUCAAUCACCAGUCUGGGCAGCUUGCGCCAUAACCACAACCAUGUUCAUGACACGAACCUGCCACUAGUUGCCCAGGACCAUGACUCAAAAUCACCAGAGCACGACAAAGAGAAAAACCUGCACCCCGUUCCUGCAGAGGCACACGCUGCAGCUAGAUCUAUGAAACUGCUGGCAAAGAUCCCCAAGGAUGCUGAGGCUACAGUGGUUUUAGUGGGCUGUGUGGAGUUUCUGGAGCAGCCAGCUAUGGCAUUUGUGCGCCUGAACGAAGCAGUCCUGUUGGAGUCGGUUCUGGAGGUUCCAGUUCCUGUGCGCUUUAUUUUCAUCCUACUGGGCCCUUCUCAGAGUAACAUAGACUACCACGAGAUUGGACGUUCCUUCUCCACACUUAUGUCUGAUAAAAACUUCCAUGAGGUAGCCUACUUUGCUGAUGAUCGUCAGGAUCUGCUGAAUGGCAUUAAUGAGUUCCUGGAUUGCAGCAUUGUGAUUCCUCCUUCAGACGUAGAGGGUAAAGACCUGCUGAAGACAGUGGCCUCAUUCCAGAAGCAGAUGCUACGCAAGCGCAAGGAGAGAGAAAAUAAGAAGAGCUUGAGUGGACCAGCAGGACCUAAUCUUGAGACCAAAUAUCUCAGUCAAGAUGAUCAGGAGGAUGAAGAGCUGGAGGUUGACCCACUGAAACGUUCUGGGAUACCGUUUGGAGGACUGAUACAUGAUAUUCGCCGCCGCUACCCACACUACAUAAGCGAUCUGAAGGAUGCAGUGGAUACGCAGUGCAUCGCUGCUGUCAUUUUCAUCUAUUUUGCUGCCCUCUCACCAACCAUCACUUUUGGAGGUUUGCUAGGGGAAAAGACGCAAGGUAUGAUGGGAGUGUCUGAGCUCAUUAUCUCGACAUCAGCAGUCGGAGUGCUGUUUUCCCUGCUGGCAGGACAGCCACUUCUCAUUAUUGGCUUCUCUGGGCCUCUUCUGGUGUUUGAGGAGGCCUUCUACAAGUUCUGCCAGGUGCAGGGCUUCGAGUACCUCACGGGUCGAGUGUGGAUUGGCUUCUGGCUCAUCUUCAUCGUGUUGGUGAUCGUAGCAGCCGAGGGAAGCUUUCUUGUGCGUUACAUCUCACCUUUCACUCAGGAGAUCUUCGCCUUCCUUAUUUCCCUCAUCUUCAUUUAUGAGACCUUCUCCAAACUUGUCAAGGUAUUCCAAGAACACCCACUGAUGAAGAUCUACCCAGUGUCUUAUCCAGAUUCAGAAACUCUUGUGCUAAAUGAGGUUCCUCUGCUAAACCAGCCUAACACUGCUCUACUCUCCCUUGUGCUCAUGGUGGGGACCUUCUUUGUGGCCUUCUUCCUUCGAAAGUUUCGCAAUAGUCGCUUUCUUGGUGGCAAGGUCAGGAGGAUUAUUGGAGAUUUUGGCAUACCCAUCUCUAUUCUGCUAUCUGUAAUAGUGGACCUCUGCAUUCCUGACACUUAUACACAGAAACUGAAUGUGCCCUCUGGUUUCUCGGUCACAUCUCCUGAAAAACGAGGCUGGUUCAUCAGCCCAUUUGGAGACAAACAGUCCUUCCCCACAUGGAUGAUGGGGGCCUCUGUAGUGCCCGCCCUUCUCGUCUUUAUCCUCAUCUUCAUGGAGACUCAGAUCACCACGCUGAUCGUUAAUAAAAAAGAGCGACAUUUGGUGAAAGGUUCAGGUUUCCACUUAGAUCUGCUGCUGAUCGUGACUCUGGGCGCAAUCUGCCCACUCUUUGGCUUGCCAUGGCUGACGGCUGCCACAGUGCGCUCUGUCACACAUGUCAAUGCUCUGACAGUAAUGAGCAAAGCUACAGCUCCUGGAGAAAAACCCAUGAUUCAAGAGGUUAAAGAGCAGCGACUGACUGGGAUGUGUGUUGCCAUACUUGUGGGCAUGUCCAUUGUGAUGACAGAUGUUCUGCGGCAUAUUCCUCUGGCUGUGCUUUUUGGGAUUUUUCUGUACAUGGGUAUCACCUCCCUAACUGGUAUCCAGCUCUAUGAGCGCAUCAUGCUCAUGGUCACGCCUGCAAAACAUCACCCCGAUCACAACUAUGUGACUAAAGUGAAGACAUGGCGUAUGAACAUGUUCACCAUAAUCCAGCUGCUGUGUAUUGCACUUUUGUGGGUGGUGAAGUCCACUGUGGCGUCCUUGGCUUUCCCCUUUAUCCUCAUCAUGACUGUGCCGCUGCGGAGGCUCAUCCUUACUAGAAUUUUUGAGGAGAGGGAGCUGGCGGCUUUGGAUGCAGAUGAGGAUUCACCCAAUUUUGAUGAAGAUGGUCGUGACGAGUAUAAUGAGAUCCACAUGCUUGUGUAGACUCGCUCUCCAGUCACAGGAUAAACUGUAAAGGUGACACUGGCUGUGAUGUAAAUUCAUGAACUUAUAGUCUUCUCUCCUUCAGGAUGGCGUCAUGUGUACAUUCAAACAUUGUAAUUAUUCUGUGUAAAAUGGAGCUACGAAUACCAGAGAUUCACAAGAUUUAGAUACUUUUGUGGUUGUUAUUUAUUUGUUAUAUAUAUUAAAAAAUACUUCUGGUUCCUCAUAA